AUGAUGCUCAUUUGUUACGAUGAAAAUCACCGAUUCGACGACGAAUUUAUUAAUCAACUGCGACAAAUCAACGAUCAUGUCGUGGUUUACUUCGAUUCACAGUCGUGUUUAGAUUCCAUUGUAUCAAAAGAAAAGCAAACCAUUUUCUUAAUCGUUUCUGAUUUAACCACUCCGCAAAUCUUCUUACAUGAAAAGAUCACCAUGGUGUUUGUCUUCUCGUCUGGUGUAGAACAGGAUGAACAUCUCAAUGAUAAGAAUUCCAAGAUUAUCGGCGUUUAUGAUGAAUUGGAAGCUUUAAAGUCAGCUAUUGAACAUUUCGAAAAACAAAUACCAAGUUGGUGCUUUUUCGAUCAGGAUGAUUAUGCAGCACGAGAUUUGUCAAGACAAUCGAGUCGUUUUCUUUGGCUUCAGACUUUACACGAUGUUCUACUACAUUUUCCCACUGACGAAUAUGCAAAAAAACAAAUGAUUUAUGCAAUGCGUCAUCACUAUCAACAUAACUCGGAUGUACUUUCGACAAUAGACGAGUUUGAAUCGAAGUAUCGCUCGAACGAAGCAAUUGAUUGGUUUAUAAAGCAUUCCUUUCUUCGAAAGAUCAUUCAUAACGCCUUGAAAAUCGAAGAUAAUGACCAGCUUUAUCAAUUACGAUAUUUUCUACGUGAUCUAAUUGAUCGUUUAGUCUCCGAACAUGAAGCCAAUAAAGAAAAUCUCACUGUUUAUCAUCAAGUUAAUUUGUCUGCUGAAGAACGCGAACAGUUGAAGAAUAAUAAAGGCAAACUUCUCUCUCCAAAACAAUUUCUCAUCGCUUCACGAGUUCGCCCAUCAACUAUCACUGGUACAAUUUUUCAAAUCGAAUGUCACAUAAACAACGUCACUUUCGCUCAUCGCGAUGACAAAGUUCUCUUUGAUUGCAAUGCAACAUUUCGUAUCGAAUCCAUUGAUCGAGACAAAGAAAUCAAAUUGAUUGCAGUCAAUGAUGGAAAACGAAUUCUACAGCAAUACAUCGACGACACUCAUCGUCAAAUUGAAAAUUUAAGUCUUCCAAUUAUCUUCGGUCGUUUAAUCUCAGAUAUGGGUCAAUGGAAUCAAUCACAGCACUACUUCGAACACUUACUGACUGAUUUGUCUCAUGAAGAUGUACCUGGGAUUGAACACAGUCUCGGACAGGCCCAUCACUGGAAAGGAGAAUGGAUUGAAGGACGAAAAUAUUAUGAUCGUGCUUAUAAACACAUGAUCGAAUCGGAGCCGAGCCGAGAGAAAGACUCCGCAGAUGUGUUAUCAAAUAUCGGCGAAAUUUUACACUUAGAAGGCAAGUACGAGGAAGCGCAUGAUAUUCAUCAACGAGCAUUAACUAUUCGAAAAAAAUACUACCAUCCAGAUCAUGUACAUAUAGCAGGAAGCUUAGAAAAUAUCGCCUUGAUCUACCAUCAACAAUUAAAAUAUGAUGAAGCAUUGAAAUAUCUUCGUCAAGCUUUGACUAUCCGACAGAAUUAUUACGGUUCAUUACAUAUUGACGUAGCGAUAUGUUUAACAAAUAUUGGUUGUAUUUAUACCGAUCAAGGUAAAUAUAAAGAUGCAUUAGAAUAUCAUCAACAGGCAAUGUCAAUCUAUGACAAGUAUUACCAGUCUGAUCAUGUUUUCAUUGCAUCGACAUUAAAUAACAUUGUCGAUGUUUUAUACCGACAGGAAAAGUACGAUGAAGCAACAAGUCUCAUACAGAAAGCAUUGCUUAUCCAAAAGAAGUACUACCCGUCUGGUCAUAUCGAAUUGGCGACUAGUUUAAGUAAUAUGGGUAAUAUUAAAUAUGGACUUGGUAAGUAUGUCGAGUCAUUAGAGCUUCAUCAGCAAGUUUUAGCCAUUCAAAUGAAAUAUUACACAUCUGAUCAUAUAAGUAUAGCGUGUACAUUGAAUAAUAUUGCUUACAUACUUCUAAAUGGUCAUGAAAAUUAUGAUGAAUCGUUGAAUUUCAAUCGCCGUGCUUUGAAAAUUCAACAGACAUGUUAUCCGUCAUUUCUCGGUCACAUAGCUCAAAGUUUAAUCUAUAUCGGAAGCAAUUUAAGCAAACAAGGCAAAGUCGAAGAAGCACUUGAUCAUUACAAGCAAGCACUGGCCAUGCACGAACAGUAUUAUGCACCCGAUAACAUUAAUAUUGCGCACAGUCUUGCUAAUAUUGGAAAUAUUCUUAGCGAUCACGGCGAUUACGACCAAGCACUCGGAUAUCAUCAACGUGCAAUUGAAAUCUACAAAAAAUCACAUCCAGCUGACUACACAUAUCAUGCUAGUAGUUUAAAUGAUAUUGGCAAGAUUCUUUAUCGUUUAGGUCGAUACAGUAAAGCAUUUGACAAUCAUGAGAAGGCCUUGGAAUUGCAACAGAAAUAUUACAAAACGGAUAAUGCGCAUACAGCAAAUAGUUUGAACCAUAUGGGUAUUGUUCGUUAUGGUGAAGGUAAAUACGAUGAAGCGAUCACUUAUUAUCAACAAGCUUUACAUGUUUAUGAAACCUAUUCUCCAUCACGUCAAACAGACAUCGCUACGAUCUUGAGUAACAUUGGACGUAGUUACAAUCAUCAGGACAAAUAUGAUCAAGCAUUUGAAUACCAACAACGCGCGUUACGUAUUCGUGAAACUUCAUCUUCGUCAGCCUAUAUGAAUAUCGCGGAUAGUUUUAAUCAUUUAGGUAACAUUCGUGUCAAUCAAGAAAACUACAGUGAAGCAAUUGAUUUCUAUGUACGUGCAUUGAAUAUCUACGAAAAAUAUUAUCCGGCACGUUAUUCCGAUCUGGCCACAACUCUGAACAAUAUUAGUAAUGCAUUUUACAAAUGUGGCAAGGAUCAAGAAGCGUUCGACUACCAACAACGUGCGCUAGCUAUUCGUGAGAAGUAUUUUCCGAAUUCUUAUGCUGAUAUAGCUGUGGGUCUCAACCAUAUGGGUAAUAUACGAAUUAGUCAAGAGAACUAUCCUGAAUCACUUGGAUAUUACUAUCAAGCAUUGAAUAUUUAUGAACAACAUUUAUCAUCACGACAGACUGAUAUGGCAACAACACUCAGUAAUAUUGGAAAUGCGUUACAUAAAUGCGGACGAUAUGAUGAAGCGUUCGAAUAUCAACAACGCGCGUUACAUAUUCGAGAAAAUCAUUGUCCGACAGCUUAUAUCGACAUUGCGAUCAGUUAUAAUCAUAUGGGUAUUAUUCGUAUUGCUCAAGAUAAACAUAAUGAAGCGAUUGAAUUCUACAAAAAAGCUUUAGCCAUCUUCGAAACACAUUGUCCAACACGUCAAGCUGAUAUUGCAACAACGAUUAGUAACAUCAGUAAUGCUCUGUAUAAAUGUGAACGAUUUGACGAAGCAUACGAAUAUCAACAGCGUGCUUUACAUAUUCGAGAAAUGUAUUGUUCAUCGGGUUAUUUGAAUCUUGCUGAUAGUUACAAUCAUAUGGGUAAUAUCCGACGAGGACAAGGACAAUAUGUUGAAGCAGUUAACUAUCAUCAUCGAGCACUGGCUAUAUAUGAAAAAUAUCUCUCGAAUCGAUACGCUGAUGUCGCAGUUAUCUAUAGUUUGAUUGGGAGUAGUUUAAGUCGGCAGGAAAAGUACGAUGAAUCCUUCGAUUAUUACAAACGUGCAUUGACUAUCUACGAAACAUAUUAUCCGACUGAUCAUUUUGAGAUCGCUCGAUAUUUACAAUGGAUUGGUUUAAUUUGCUAUACAAAGUCAGAUUUCGAUCGAGCAAUUGAAUAUUAUGAAAAAUGCCUUCAUGUUCGCCAGAUUUGUUUGUCCCAAGAGCACGCUUCGAUUAUUGAAACACUUCAAACAUUGAGCGACAUACAACGUGUACGUGGCGAGCAUAAUCUGUCGUUAAUCUAUGAAAUGAAAUGUUUCCUGAUACGUGAACAAGUUCUCAUGCCAAAUCAUGAAGAUCUAGGCAAGAGUUUAUCGAGUAUAGGUGGUUGCUAUGAACGCCUUCGUCAUUUGAAAUUGGCAUUGAGUUACUAUAAACAAGCACUGGAUAUCUAUGAACAAUGUGUACCUGAUUCAAAUCAAGAUCGACAAAUCAUUAGUUAUAAAGUUCAACGGCUUUCGGAAGAAAUCAACGAAACUGAAAUUUAG